AAAAAAAACAGAUAUCAGUGAUUUAUUACAGAAUUUCCUCAACUUUCUACGGAAGGCCAGCAAAAUGGGAACUCUAUCUCUCUUCCCUGCCUCGUUAACUGCUUCAUUGCGACUCUGUACCUCCCAUUCCAAGACUCAACUCUCCAACCCCAUAUUCUGCCCACCCGGCUCCUCGACGACUCUUAAAUCACUACGGUUUCCCAGCAAAACCGUUGCCUUUGGAAGCAACACAAAUGACCCAAAACCAAAAGAGUCUAUUUUCUUGGAUGAAAAUGGCGCGGUUGAUGAUAUGGAUGGGUAUAUGAACUACCUCUCUCUAGAAUAUGACUCUGUUUGGGACACCAAACCAUCCUGGUGUCAACCAUGGACGAUAGUUCUAACUGGAGUAUCAGUGAUUGCUAGUAGCUGGUUAAUCUUGCACUCGAUAGUAGUCACAGUGGUCAUACUGUUACUAAUAUGCACAUGGUGGUACAUCUUUUUGUUUUCUUAUCCAAAGGCAUAUUCAGAGAUGAUUUCUGAGCGGAGGAGGAGGGUGACAAAUGGUGUUGAAGACACAUUUGGUUUUGGAAGAGGCAAUGAAUCAAAUUAAACUUCAAUUUGCUGCCGGAUCUCUCUCUCUCUCUCUCUCUCUCUCUCUCACGCAGAGACAUGCUCUGAGUCCUGACAAGUCUUUCUGCUCCUAUAGUUUUAUGAUUUUUCUUUUCCUUUCCCCUUUUGUUUUUAAUUUUUUUUUUUUUUUUUGUGGGGGGAGUGGGGGAGGUAAGCCUCCGACUCUAGAAGUUAAAUUCUCAAGAAAUGUUGUUAUUGAAUGUGCAGUGUUUUUUCAUUUAUUGAGAUUAGCUUAUUGCAGGCCAUCUUGUAACCAAAUGGUGAAGUUUCAAAGUUAUAGCAUUGAAUUUGCGUGCAGCUCAUUCUCAGAAUGCUUCUUUUCUCCUUGCCCAAAAGCCUUACAUCAUUUUCUAGGCUUACUGUACUUUCUGCCCAUCAACCUACCUCGCAAACUUAAAUUUCCUUUC